AUGACCCCAUUUGUGCUCCAAGGCCACGCAGUCUCCAAGGCGGUGCCUACUUUGUUCUGCUCUCUGGGUUUGCCCGCGCCGGUUCCUGUCAGGCUCCCACAAGAAGCAGGUUGCUGCGCAGAUCCACGUCCUCCAGGAACGCGCGGGGUGCUGCGUGAAAACCCGGGGCGAGCUGCAGGGGUAAAAAGCGUGUGUGCCUUUCCAGGGACUGCCACGUUCACCAUACAGAAGCAAGGCAGGGCUGCCCCCGCAGUGCACAGGAAGGCUACGCAGGCUCCCGUUUCCUCCCAGAAAGCGAGUCCGUCCUCACACAGGCUUUGUUCUUCUCUCUCAGGCGGCCUUAGCAUUCCGUAUUGCAGUCUGCACACAAGGACGCAGGGCGGCGCUGGCCCCACGCCUCGGUGGGAGGACGGGUGCGUGGAGGAGCGGGCGGCGGCCGUGGUGAGCCCCUGGACGGUCCCUCCCGAGGUCCGCAGGAUUCUGCACGAGAGCCACGGUUCAUUUCUGCGAGACCUGCUGCCCGCGGAGGAGGAGGAGGAGCCCGAGUCCGCGGCCCGGGCCAGCGCGGACAGCGCCGCCCCGAGCUCCGGCAGCGCGCUCAGCCAGCUGGACUGGGACGCCAUUGAAGACAUGGUGGCCGGGGUGGAGGGCGAGGGCCCGUGAGCCGAGCCAGCACCCCACCUCUGUGCCCCGGAACGGAACGGAGAGAAGCACCGAGGGAGGCACGGAGACUUGGCCGCCUGCGGUCUCCAGAGGGAGCACUCAGCAGUGCUCAGUUUUGCCGUC